UUGCUUCUGAGCCCAGACUGCCCGACUCCACCUUCCUCGGAAUCUCCAGAACUUUAUUUCAGGGCGAGGUGCACCGAUUCCCCCAGAACACCUAUCCUGCCCUCCCUGCGUGCAUACGCACCCACGAAUCUCUUAACUAGACCCGGGGCUCGCUCCCUGCAGCCUUCGCACGUCCAGGCUUCUUCCACCAACUCCUGUCCGGUCCGGGGGGUUCGAGAUGAAGGCGGCCCGCUUUGUGCUGCGCAGCGCCGGCUCCCUGAGCAGCGCCAGCCUCGUCCCCCGCGAGGUCGAUCUCUUCUCCCGCUACAGCCCGUCCCCGCUGUCCAUGAAGCAGCUGCUGGACUUCGGUUCAGAAAAUGCAUGUGAAAGAACUUCUUUUGCAUUUUUGAGGCAAGAAUUGCCUGUGAGACUAGCUAAUAUCUUGAAGGAAAUUGAUAUUCUUCCUGAUAGACUACUCAGUACCCCUUCCGUGCAGCUAGUAAAAAGCUGGUAUAUCCAGAGCCUGAUGGAUUUGGUGGAAUUCCAUGAGAAAAAUCCAGAGGACCAUAAAGCUUUAUCAGAUUUUGUAGAUACUCUCAUCAAAGUUCGAAAUAGACACCAUAAUGUAGUUCCUACAAUGGCCCAAGGAAUUAUAGAAUAUAAAGAUUCCUGUACAGUUGACCCAGUCACUAAUCAGAAUCUUCAAUAUUUCUUGGAUCGAUUUUAUAUGAAUCGUAUUUCUACACGGAUGUUGAUGAAUCAACACAUUCUUAUAUUUAGUGAUUCAAAGUCAGCAAACCCAACCCACAUUGGCAGCAUUGAUCCAAAUUGUGAUGUAGUAGCAGUGGUACAAGAUGCCUUUGAGUGUUCAAAGAUGCUUUGUGAUCAGUAUUACUUAACAUCCCCAGAAUUAAAACUCACGCAAGUGAAUGGAAAAUUUCCAGACCAACCUAUUCACAUUGUCUAUGUUCCUUCUCAUCUUCAUCAUAUGCUUUUUGAACUAUUCAAGAAUGCAAUGAGGGCAACAGUGGAACACCAGGAAAAUUGUCCUUCCCUUACACCAAUUGAAGUGAUUGUUGUCUUGGGAAAAGAAGACCUUACAAUUAAGAUUUCAGACAGAGGAGGUGGUGUUCCACUGAGGAUCAUUGACCGCCUCUUCAGUUACACAUACUCUACUGCACCUAAACCUGUGAUGGACAAUUCCCGGAAUGCUCCUUUGGCUGGCUUUGGUUAUGGCUUGCCAAUAUCUCGUCUCUAUGCCAAGUACUUCCAGGGCGAUUUGAAUCUCUACUCUUUGUCAGGGUAUGGAACAGAUGCCAUCAUCUACUUAAAGGCUCUGUCUUCUGAGUCUGUAGAAAAGCUCCCAGUAUUCAAUAAGUCAGCCUUCAAACACUACCAAAUGAGUAGUGAGGCUGAUGACUGGUGUGUCCCAAGUAAGGAACCAAAGAACCUGGCGAAGGAGAAAGUGGCUGUAUGAACAGGGACACUUGGAACACUGGAAGGGAUCAAAGUGGGCUUAUGACAGUGCCGCUUCCUGAACAUUUGCAUGAAACUCUGGUUUCCUCAAAAACAUGACAACAAAAACUCCUUGAUUAGAACAUUGAGGCAGAGGAAAGGAACUUGCUUCUGUUACCUAGGAGAGCACAGUGCAGGACUGCAAGAAUUAACAGAUGACUGGUUCUUUUAUUCUUCUUAGAAUUUGCAUGAGUUGAUAGCAAAUCCUUAAAAAGUAAAUAAGCCUCAGUUUUCCAUUUUUUUAAUCAUCAAAGACCAGAAAGGAAAAGAAAGGAAGACUGAGGCCAAAAGUUUUACAGACUGUGUGUAUAUAUAUCUAUGAUGUUAAAACAAUUGGUAUUUGUUGAGUAACAAAUAUCAAUAUACUAGUAUUGCCCUAUUUACAAAUAAAAGAUUAGGGCUUUAAUGUAUGUGUUUAGAAAUGUAAAUAUACAUUUUAUGUUUGUAUGUGUAUCUAUACAUGUGUAUAUGUGUACUUAAGGAAGAAUAAGAUGGUAACUUAAAAAUUGCUUUGAGAAAAAAAGCAUUUAAAAUACAUUUUAUUCAGUGUUGCUGUCAAGGUAUUCUGCUAUGUGAAAACUCAAAGAAACGUUUUAGUGAAAGGUAGAGCCUUUAUUAUGCUGCUUUUCUUGUUCACCCUCACAUAGUAAGAAAACACUUUAUUGUGAGAUGCCUAGUCUUAGAGGAAAUAAAAGUAUGCACUGAAAUCAGAGUGUUGCCAAUGGAGUGAAAGAAGAAUUGCCAGUGAUCGAAACUAUAUCUUACCUUGCUUUGUUUCUAAAUGAAACAGUUGGCAAAAUCAAUGUUAAGGGAAGAAGUGCACUCAGAACCUGAUUAAGGAGGAAGGAAUGCUCUCUCAUAUAUAAUCCAAAGACAUCCACUUUUCUAGGAUUAAAAAGAUUUACAAAUAUAUGUAAAAAUAGAUUUACUUAUAUAUUUAAUGUGUAUUAUUGUAUUCUCUGUACAUAUUUAUAUUAUCUACACUCCAGUGUCAACUACAUGUAACACAAUUUCUAUUUACAAAUGGCUUGAGAAAAUCAGAAUUUAAUUACUUCUUGGAGUACUUUUAUAACAAAUAACAUGGGAUAAAGAACUUUGUAUGUGAAAACUCAGAUGUUUUCAUUUGUGAACCAUGGAGAUAAAAGAGUUGGUAUGUUUAAAGCUAUAAAACAUAUGGAACUUUUGGAAAGGUAUGCUAGGCAGGUUGACAGCCCCAGCCUAGCAGAUAUGUGUAGACAAGAAAAAGAAUGAAAGAAGGAAAAAAGGAAGUGAAGCAGAAUGCAGAAAUUGCGUAUUCCUUAAAUAAUUGGAAGAUUCAUAUUUUCAUAGAAUAUUGGCAAGAGAAUUUGUGUCUAAGUCAUAUUCCUUUUUUAAUGGCUCUCUGUAAGAUAAUAGACUUUCCUAAGAUUAUUUUCUAAGUUUAUCUGUGUCAAAUUGAUGUUUAAGGCAAGCAGUAGAUAAAACUAGGAUUGUCUGCAUUGUGAGCUGUUCUGUAUGUUGAGUUUAAAAUUCGUGUUCAGUACAAAUUUUAUACAUCUCAACGUCUUGGUGCUUCAGAUAAAACCCUCAAACUAUUUUUUGUAGAUUCAGAUUUCUAAGGAGUUUCAGUCGGUGACUUUCAUUGGCUAUGUAAAACUAUCUGCAAAAAGUUCUUUGACUUUAACAUUUUUAUUGCAAUGUAACCAUUUUUUGCUUAUAAAUUUAUGUAUUUGCCAAAGAUUUAAUGCAAUUGUUUAACACAAACACCCCUAUCGAUUAUCUUUUAAAUAAUAGGGAAAAAGAAAUGCUAGUAUCUCUAACAAUAAUCAUGUAGAGUUCUAUAAAAUAGAAAUAGUCAACAGUAUUUGUAAAACCUGUGAAAGAGUUUUAGGAUUUUAAUGGCUGGCUACUGAAUGUUCAAGUGCACUUAAAUUAUUGGUGUAUAAAUUAUGCUUUUUGUUUCUAGGCUGUGUACAGACAAUUGAUACAGUUUUGUAAUAAAUAUUUUUAUUAAAAUACUAGACAAAACCUUUAAUGGCACACUACUGAGAA